AUGAACAAGAGAUCAUUUCUGGGAGCCUGGGUGGCCCUUUUGGUGAUAACAGCUCGGCAGCGAGCUCACACCAUGGCAAGCCUGUAUCCAUUCUGGCAGAACGACACCAAAACCCCCAAAGUUGAUGAUGGGAGCUCACCUGAAAUCAAGAUCUCUGUGCCAUUCAUCUUUUUUGGAGUCCCCUACAGAAGCAUUUAUGUCAACAACAACGGCGUGAUCUCCUUCAACGCCCUGGUCAGCCAGUUCACGCCCGAGGCGUUCCCGCUGACCGACGGCCGCGCCUUCGUGGCGCCCUUCUGGGCGGACGUGCACAACGGCAUCCGCGGGGAGAUCUUCUACCGGGAGAGCUCGGAGCCAGAGCUGCUGCUCAGGGCGUCCCGGGACGUCCGCAGGCACUUCAGGGACAUGGCCUCCUUCUCUGCCCGCUGGCUCUUCAUCGUCACCUGGGAGGAGGUGACCUUCUACGGGGGCAGCAGCAGCACGCCGGUGAACACGUUCCAGGCUGUCCUGAUCACGGACGGGGUGUCAUCCUUUGCCUUGUUUAACUACCACGAGAUCAGCUGGACCACGGGCACGGCCAGCGGAGGGGACCCCCUCACUGGGCUCGGCGGGGUGAUGGCACAGGCUGGCUUCAAUGGUGGAAAUCUCACCAACUUUUUCAGCAUCCCAGGCUCCAGAACCCCAGACAUUGUCAAUAUUGAGGAAACAACCAACGUAAAUGUCCCUGGGCGCUGGGCUUUCAAAAUAGAUGGCAGAGAAAUAGACCCAGCCAACGGCUGCAGCCUGAGAGGACAGUUUCUCCGCCAAGGGGAGAUCUUUUGGGAUGAUGCCAACUGCACCACCAAGUGCCGCUGCCUGGACUUCAACAAUGAGAUCCUCUGCCAGGACAUGGCCUGUGGCCCCUUCGAGGCGUGUGAGACGAAGAGCAAAUUCUUCCAGUGCGUGCCGGUGGAGAGCAGCACCUGCGUGGUGUUCGGAGAUCCACAUUACCACACCUUCGACGGCUUCCUCUUUCACUUCCAGGGUUCCUGCUCCUACCUCCUCGCCAGGCAGUGCUGGCCAGGCUCCCAGCUGCCCUACUUCAACGUGGAGGCCAAGAAUGAGAACCGAGGCGGCUCCUCCGUCUCCUGGCUGAGGGAUAUUUUUGUGGAGGUCUACUCGCACAAGAUUGUUCUCCCCAAGGGCGGCUUUGGGAAGGCGAAGGUGGACGACCUGGUGGUGUCCCUGCCCAUCUCCUUGGAACUGGGCGCAAUCAAGGUCUACCAAAGCGGCCUGUCCACCGCCCUGGAGACUGACUUCGGCCUGCUGGUGACCUACGACGGACAGCACUACGCCUCCGUGUCCGUGCCGGGCUCCUACAUCAACGCCACGUGCGGGCUGUGCGGCAAUUACAACAAAGACCCCGAGGACGACGUCCUGCGCUCGGACGGGAGGGUGGCCGCGUCCGUGCCGGAGCUGGGCGAGAGCUGGCAGGUGCCCCACGCCGAGCGCAGGUGCUCCACGGGCUGCCUGGAGAACUGCAGCCUCUGCGACGCCGCCACCGAGGCUCUGUACUUCACCCCCGAGUUCUGCGGCUUCAUCAACAAGAGCGGGGGGCCCCUCUGGGAGUGCGGCUCUGUCGUGGAUCCCACUGCCUUCAUCCACAGCUGUGUCUACGACCUCUGCAGCGCCAAGGACAACGGCACCGCGCUGUGCCAGGCCAUCCAGGCCUAUGCCACCGUCUGCCAGGCCCUGGGCAUCUCGGUGGGAGAGUGGCGCAGCCAGACGGGAUGCGGUGAGUCUUUGGGAGGAGGGAGCAAUUGCCCGGAGCUCAGCCAGUACUCGGUGUGUGCCAGCAGCUGCCCUGCCACCUGCUCAGACCUCACAGCCCCGCUGGCCUGCACGUCCCCCUGCAGCGAGGGCUGCGAGUGCCCCGAGGGCCACGUCCUCAGCGCCGACCGCUGCGUCCCCGUGCAGGGCUGCGGCUGCGACCUGAACGGCCGCUACUACCCCGUCGGGGAGUCCUUCUGGGCAUCACCAGACUGCACCGUGCAGUGCCACUGCGAGCCUGGCGGGGAGGCCAUUUGCUUCAACACCACCUGCCCCGAGGGAGAGAUCUGCACCAUCGAGAACGGCUACCGCGGCUGCUACCCGAAGCGGGAGACCGUGUGUUUGGUGGGGCAGGAGCAGGUGCUGCACACCUUCGAUGGCAUUGCCUUCCCCUACCCGCUGGAACAGUCCUACACGCUGCUCAAGACCUGCCCAGAGAGGCCAGACUUCAUCGAGGUGGACAUCAGCCAGAAGAAGGCCGGCUCGGCUCCCAGCGGGCCGCGCGUGGUGCGGGUCCAGGCUGCCGGCCAAGAGGUGAAGAUUGGAGGCACCAGGCUGGCAGACAUCAAGGUGAAUGGUUAUGACGUGGAGCUGCCCUAUUUCCACCCCUCUGGGCGCCUGGAAAUCUACCGGACUGACAACAGCACCGUGAUGGAGUCCGAGGGGCUCCUGGCCAUCAGCUACUACAGCUCUGGCCUCGUGGAGAUCCGCCUCUCCACCUCCUACUUCAACUGCACCGGGGGCCUCUGCGGCCUCUUCAACGACAACGCCACCGACGAGUUCUCCCUGCCCAAGGGCAAGUUCACGGACAACCUGGAGCUCUUCCUGGAGAGCUGGACCACCUUCGACGAGAUCUGCAACGGCGAGUGCGGGGACCUGCUCAUGGCAUGCAACAACGACUCGGAGCUGCUCAAGUCCUACAGGAGCCGCUCCAGCUGCGGCAUCAUCAACGACCCCACCAACAGCUCCUUCCUGGAGUGCCACAGCGUGGUCAACGUCUCAGCCUACUACAGGACCUGCCUCUUCCGCCUGUGCCAGAGCGGCGGCAACGUGUCGGAGCUGUGUGACUCGGUGGCGCGCUACGCCAGCGCCUGCAAGAACGCCGACGUGGACAUCGGCCAGUGGAGGAGCCACAGCUUCUGCCCUCUCUCCUGCCCGGAGAACAGCCACUUUGAGGAGUGCAUGAGCUGCGUGGAGACCUGCGAGAGCCUGGCCUCGGGCCCCGUGUGCAGGGACACCUGUUCGGAGGGCUGCCAGUGCGACGAGGGCUUCGCCCUGCGCGGCACCCGCUGCAUCCCCCGCCGCGAGUGCGGCUGCAACUUCGAGGGCCGGCAGCUGGCCACCAACCAGACCUUCUGGAUGGACAUCUCCUGCCACUUCCUGUGCUACUGCAACGGCUCGGACAACAGCGUGUACUGCGAGAACGUGUCCUGCAAGGACGACGAGUACUGCCUGGAGGAGAACGGCCUCUACUACUGCCACGUCCGCACCGAUGCCUCCUGCAUCAUCUCGGGCUACGGGCACUACCUGACUUUCGAUGGCUACUCCUUCGACUUCCAGAGCAGCUGCGAGCUGGUGCUGUGCACCACCAUCUCCCGGCCCAGGGUGGAGCGCUCGGACACCUUCCCAACAUUCACUGUCACGGCCAAGAACGAGGACCGGGACACCUCUCUGGCCCUCUGGGUGAAGCAGGUCGAAGUGGAAGUCUUUAAUUACAACAUUGUCAUCCACCGUGCCUACAAAUACACUGUGCUGAUCAACAACGAGCGUCUCUACCUGCCCCUGAAGCUGGGCCAGGGCAAAGUGAACAUCUUCGCCUUCGGUUUCCACAUCGUGGUGGAGACUGACUUCGGGCUGAAGGUGGUGUACGACUGGAAGACCUUCCUGUCUGUCACCAUCCCACGGGGCUUCCAGAACCUCACCUACGGCCUCUGCGGCCGCUACAACGGCAACCCCGAGGACGACCUGGUGGCCGCGGGGGGGACGCCGGCCGGCAGCAUCGGGGACUUUGUGCAGAGCUGGGCCAGGCGGGACGCCUUCUGCCGCGUGGGCUGCGGCGACCGCUGCCCGGCCUGCGGCAAGGUGGAAGGCUUCUGGAAGCCCCAGCAGCUCUGCAGCCUCAUCCCCAGCCAGAGCGGUGUCUUCGCCAAGUGCCACAGCAAGAUCAACCCCGGUUUCUUCUACAAGAACUGUCUCUUUGACACCUGUGUGGAUGGGGGGGCCAUGCAGACGGCCUGCAGCUGGCUGCAGAACUACGCCAGCACGUGCCAGACUCAGGGCAUUGCCAUCACUGGCUGGAGGAACUUCACCUCAUGCUCUGUCAGCUGUCCCCCCAACAGCCACUACGAGAGCUGCGUGUCCCUGUGCCAGCCCCGAUGUGCUGCCAUCCGCCUGAAGAGUGACUGCAGCCACUACUGCGUGGAGGGCUGCCAGUGUGACCCUGGCUAUGUCCUCAAUGGCAAGAGCUGCAUCCUGCCCCACAACUGUGGCUGCUACUCUGAUGGCAAAUACUACGAGCCCAAGCAGCUGUUCUGGAGCGGGGACUGCACUCGGCGGUGCCGCUGCUUCCGGCGCAACCUGAUCCAGUGCGACCCGCGGCACUGCAAGUCGGACGAGGAGUGCGGGCUGCGCAACGGCGUCCGCGGCUGCUUCAGCACCCGCAGCUCCUUCUGCCUGGCGGCCGGCGGCGGCGUCUUCCGCACCUUCGACGGCGCCUUCCUCCGCUUCCCCGCCAACUGCGCCUUCGUCCUCUCCACCAUCUGCCAGAAGCUGCCCGACUUCUCCUUCCAGCUCAUCAUCAACUUCGACAAGUGGUCCUUGCCCAACCUCACCAUCAUCUCCCCCGUGUACUUCUACAUCAACGAGGAGCAGAUCCUCAUCAGUGACAGGAACACUGUCAAGGUGAACGGAAGCCUCGUGAGCAUCCCCUUUGUCACGGGGCUGUCCACAAAGAUCUUCAGCCAGGAGGGCUUCCUGGUCAUCGACUCCAGCCCCGACAUCCAGAUCCGCUACAACGGCUUCAACGUCAUCAAAAUCACCCUCGGGGAGCGGCUGCAGAACAAGGUGUGCGGCCUCUGCGGCAACUUCAACGGCGACCGCACCGACGACUACGCCACGCUGCGGGGCAAGCCGGCCGUCAGCAGCGUGGUGCUGGCACAGAGCUGGAAAACCAACGGCAUGCAGAAGAGCUGCAACGAGCUGCAGUACUCGCAAUACGCCGCCUCCUGCGACAACGUCCAGAUCCAGGAGCUGCAGAGUGACAGCUACUGCCUGAAGCUGACCGACAUGAAAGGCUUCUUCCAGCCCUGCUACGGCCUCCUGGACCCGCUGCCCUUUUACGAGUCCUGCUUUCUGGAUGGCUGCUACAACCACAAGAAGGUGCAGCUGUGCGGCUCGCUGGCUGCCUACGGAGAAGCCUGCCGCACCUUCGGCAUCCUGGGCACCGACUGGAUCGAGAAGGAGAAUUGCUCAGGAGUGGUGGAAGAUCCCUGCGUGGGCGCCGACUGCCCCAACCGCACCUGCGAGCUGGACAACGGCGGGGGGCUGUGCGGCUGCAUCGAGCCCCCGCCCUAUGGGAACACCACCCAUGACAUCAUUGAUGCAGAGGUGACCUGCAAGGCUGCCCAAAUGGAGGUGUCCAUUUCGAAGUGCAAGCUGUUCCAGCUGGGCUUUGAGCGUGAGGGAGUGCGGGUCAACGACCGCCAGUGCCCCGGCAUCGAAGGGGAGGACUUCAUCUCCUUCCAGAUCAACAACACCAAAGGCAACUGUGGCAACUUGGUGCAGUCCAACAGCACUCACAUAGUGUACAAGAACACGGUGUGGAUCGAGAGCGCCAACAACACGGGCAACAUCAUCACCCGGGACAGGACCAUCAACGUGGAGUUUUCCUGUGCCUAUGAGCUGGACAUCAAGAUCUCCCUGGAUUCAGUUGUGCGGCCAAUGCUCAGCGUGAUUAACCUGACGGUGCCGACGCAGGAAGGGAGCUUCACCACCAAGAUGGCCCUGUACAAGAACUCGUCCUACAAGCACCCGUACCGGCAGGGCGAGGUGGUGCUCACCACCCGGGACGUGCUCUACGUGGGGGUCUUUGUGGUGGGGGCCGACUCCAACCACUUGAUCCUGAUGCUGAACAAGUGCUACGCCACUCCCUCGCGGGACAGCAACGACAAACUGCGCUACUUCAUCAUCGAGGGAGGGUGCCAAAACAUGAAGGACAACACCAUUGGCAUAGAGGAGAACGGGGUGUCCCUGACCUGUCGCUUCCACGUCACUGUGUUCAAGUUCAUCGGGGACUACGAUGAGGUUCACCUGCACUGCGCCGUGUCCCUCUGCGACUCCGAGAAAUACUCCUGCAAAAUUAACUGCCCUCAGCACACGAGGAUGGCCAGCACCUUCGCUGAGGAGUCCAAGGAGCAGAUCCUCUCAGUGGGACCUAUCAGGAGGAAGCGAUCAGACUGGUGCGAGGACAACGGAGGCUGCGAGCAGAUCUGCACGAGCCGGGCGGACGGGCCCUUGUGCAGCUGUGUGACAGGGACACUGCAAGGGGACGGCAAGAGCUGCAGGGCCUCCAGCUCUUCAGGGGAGCACCGUGCCCGAGUGACCCUCCUGCUGGCGGCCCAGCUGUGGCUGUGGCUGCGCUCAGCUCAGCAGCACCUGACCUCGUAGGCGCGGCCCCGCCGCCCAGCCAAAAACUGUUCUCGCGUCAGCCUGAUCUUUGUAGGGUAGGAGACAGCCCCCCCUGCCAUGGCCACGCUGCUGCCAACCCGGCCACGCUGCCAGGGGGCAGAGGGAUGUCAGCUGGACAGGGAGGGGGCACAGACCCGGCCGUGAAGGUGACUUGCAGCCGGCACAGCGGCAGCGACAGCAAGACUGAGCGGGAUGUUUGCCACCAGCGAUGUGGGACUGGGUUUGGGGUUUUUUUACAGCUUUCCAUCAUCGAUGUGGACUCAAGGAGGGGUUUUGCGGCUUUUCCCCAGGCUCUCCCUUGUGGGGUGCUCUGUAGGUGGGUCACACCACUGUGGGUAGUGUGGGACAGGAUGGAGCACGUGCUGUCCCCUCUCUUGGGCAGCUGCAGGUCUCCACUGUCCUGCUGCCACCAGGGUGUUGUGAGCUCACAGACUCAGCCAGAGGUAGGCGUUGGGGCACAGGUCAUGGCCAGAGCAGUGCACUGCCAUCACUGGAUGCUGUGGCACCUUGGGACCGUGUCAGCCUCUGACUCUCGGGAGCAGAGGCGGUGCUGAGGUUUGGUUCAGAGAGCCAAACUCAUCCAUGGGGGUCUGCACAUCUUGGCAUUGUGCUGUGGUGGUGACAAGCUGGUGCCAAUAACUGCAAAGAGGUGCUUUCUGGCGGGCAGGAACAAUAUCAGAGGAAGGAGGGAUGAAAUUCCCUGCUGUGUUUGUGUGGUGUGCAAGGGUUGAGGGUCAGAGCAGGGUUGGGGUCUGCAGGGCAGCAUUGGGGUUCCUGGUGAAAGAGUGGGGAGCAGCCUUGGGGUGCUGGGGGUGUGGGGGGCUGUCUGUGUUGGUGUCUUGUCUCGUGUUUGUACUCUGUGAAACGGCUGCGUGGGAAUAAAAAGUGUUGUAAUCCUUGGUAAGCACCGGG